AUGGAUCGAUCAGCCGUCUACCGAAAAGAGGCAACGGUCAGCAGCACUGAGGCCAUACUUUCGCCGUGGCUUCCUGACGAUUUCAUCGACAACCAGGCAGCAUCCAUCGAUCAGAAUUUAGUCCACAAAGACCCUCCAGUCAGUCGAUGGCAGAGGCUGGGGGUAGAUCGCGACGGUCAGCAGAAAACGAAUGGACCUCAUGAGCCGGGUGACCUGCCCCGGAAGGUCACCGAGGGGGCCCUCCACAGCCUGGUUGGUGGCAACUAUCUAGUAGUCCAGCUAAGGGACGAGCCGAACGUGGGACACGCGGUCUCCGUGGGUGCCGCUCGCUCACGGCCAAUGCAAGUUUCACUUCGGGAGAAUGGCGGCCAUACGCGACCGGGAGGCGACAUUCAUGUGCAGGACAUCCGACACGGACACAACGGCCAAUCCUGUGGCCGCUUAUUACGUCGGCGGACCAGGCAGAUGAGCGAGCGAGCGAGGCUUCGACCUGGGGAUGAGUUCACACGGGCGCGGGGGACGGAGUGGGCCUGGAUGAACCCCCCGGCUGUUGCCACUGAAGACAUCAUCGGGAUGUCGUGGCAUAGCCUCACUACUUUGUACCCCAGCCUUGGCCUCGAUGGUCGGCAGAGCUGCCUGAUGAGAAAGUGGGAAUUUCUAUUUGAUCAUCCGCAGUGGGGCCAAGACAGAUCCACCGGCAGUGGUACCGGAGCCGGGCCGGGUUCCUUUCCGGUGGUUGGUUCGGGUUGA